CGCCCGACGCCCCAACCAUGAAGCUCAGCGAAAAGGGCCCGGCGGGUCACAGGGAAAGCGAGGCGGCCAGGACGAGACCGGACUGGUCCUGCUCCCUCCUCGUGGCGGCUUUCGUGGGCGCCUUCGGCUCCUCCUUCCUCUAUGGCUACAACCUCUCCGUGGUCAACGCUCCGGCGCCGUACAUCAAGGCCUUUUACAACGAAUCGUGGGCACGAAGGCACGGGCACCCCAUAGACCCCGACACGCUGACGCUGCUCUGGUCGGUGACCGUGUCCAUAUUCGCCAUCGGUGGGCUCGUGGGGACUUUAAUGAUGAAGCUGAUCGGAAGAGUCCUCGGGAGGAAGUACACGCUGCUGGUCAACAACGGGUUUGCGGUGGCCGCCGCCUUGCUCAUGGCCGGUGCCCUCCCGGCGGGCGCCUUUGAGAUGCUCGUCCUGGGCCGCUUCGUCAUGGGCGUGGAUGGAGGCAUCGCCCUCAGCGCGCUCCCCAUGUACCUGAGCGAGAUCUCACCCAAGGAAAUCCGAGGCUCCCUGGGCCAGGUCACCGCCAUCUUCAUCUGCAUCGGCGUGUUCACCGGGCAGGUGCUGGGCCUGCCCGAGCUGCUGGGAAAGGAGAGCACCUGGCCCUACCUGUUCGGGGUGAUCGCCGUCCCCGCCCUGGUGCAGCUGGUCAGCCUGCCCUUCCUUCCCGAGAGCCCGCGCUACCUGCUCUUUGAGAAGCACGACGAGGCGGGAGCCGAGAAAGCGUUCCGGACCUUCCUGGGCAAGGAGGACGUCUCCCAGGAGAUGGAGGAGGCGCGGGCCGAGAGCCGCCUCCAGAGGAACGUGCAGCUGGUGUCCACCGUGCGGCUGCUCCGGAGCCGCUGCGUCCGCUGGCAGGUGGUCACCGUGGUGGUCACCAUGGCCUGCUACCAGCUCUGCGGUCUCAACGCGAUCUGGUUCUACACCAACAGCAUCUUCGCAACGGCUGGGAUCCCUGCGGAAAACAUCCCCUACAUCACCUUGAGCACGGGGGGCAUCGAGACCUUGGCUGCCAUCUUCUCUGGCUUGGUCAUCGAGCGCGUGGGACGCAGACCGCUGCUCAUCGGCGGCUUCGGGCUGAUGACGCUCUUCUUCGGCAUCCUCACCGUCACGCUGACGCUGCAGGACCGUGCCCCCUGGGUCCCUUACCUGAGCAUCGUGUGCAUCCUGGCCAUCAUCGCCUCCUUCUGCAGCGGCCCAGGCGGCAUCCCGUUCAUCCUGACGGGCGAGCUCUUCCAGCAGGCACAGCGGCCGGCCGCCUUCCUCGUGGCGGGCAGCGUCAACUGGCUGUCCAACUUCAUAGUGGGACUGCUCUUCCCUUUCAUCCAGAGAAGUCUGGACACCUACUGUUUCCUGGUCUUUGCCACAAUCUGCCUCACAGGUGCUGUCUAUUUCUAUUUUGUCCUGCCUGAGACCAAAAACAGAACCCACGCAGAAAUCAGCCAGGCGUUUGCCAAAAGAAACAAGGCACACCCGCCAGAGGAGAAGAGGGACGCGGCCAAGCCUGCCGACAGGGUGAAUGGAAGGUCCGAGCGGGACCCCACGUGCACACUGGACAGUCACGGCAAAAACGGGGUUGUCUAGCGUGUGACCUCACCGCUUCAGGCCCCACAGACGUCUCUGUUUUUAGAGGCUCGUGCUAAAGCCCUGUGGCUUAACGUUAUUACUUAUUUAAA